CGUCACGGCCUCGUGGCCACCAUGCAGUCAGCUAUGAGCCCUAUGCAUUGACGCAAUAGCUCCGAGUUCCGCGAAAGCGCGAGUGUUCACGUCGCACAGUGUCGCCGAGCCUCUCUGCAUCCGUCGUCGCCGUCGGGUAGAAUCACGCGAUUCGUCGAAGAAAAAAGUCAGGCGAGAUGAAGAUGCGUUGCUGGACCGUCCACGUGAUCCUAUCCACGUGGAUGGCCGUCUGCAGCUGUCAGCGGUUUUCGCAGAACGAUGAAGCUCUUCGGGACACGUUCGUCCAGCUUCCCAUGGAUCUCCUCCAGGUACGCCUAUCGGACACGGCCCCGGACGAGAACCUGUUCUUCUCCCCCAUGAGCAUCACCAUGGCAUUGGGCCUGGCCUGGAUGGGGGCCAGGGGAAACACGGCCAGGGAGAUCGGCUCCUUCUUUCGCUUCAACGACACCGACCCCGUCACGUCCGACGGCAAAUUCGCCUUCUCCCGACUCAUGCAGUCCAUCCAGACAGGGAACGGGCGGAAGUACACGUUGGAGAUGGCCAACAAGGCGUACUUGUACCACGAGUCCAACGGGACGCGCCAGUCCCGCGAGUACGCAGAAGCACUGAGGCAGUACUUCGCAUCGGACGCGGAAUGGGUCCGAUUCGACGAACCAACCAGGCAAAAAAUCAACGCCUGGGUCGAGGGCGUCACCAAGAACAAAAUCAAGAACCUCAUUCCUCCUGGAAUCUUCGACCCCCUAUUCACCCGGGCGGUCCUCGUGAACGGAAUCUACUUCAAAGCGGACUGGCAGACGGAAUUCGCGAAGGAGCUGACGGAACCCUCGCCCUUCUACCUGGACAACGGCCAAUCCUACAUGGUGGACAUGAUGACCUCUGGCUUCUUCGAAACCCGAUCUGCCUUCCUCAGCAACCUCCAGGCCUCGGCUGUCGAACUCAAAUACAAGGCAAAGUGCAGUGGCGGCGGGGAGGUGAGGAUGCUCAUCGUGGUUCCGACCGGUCAGGGGAGUAUGGAGACCCUGAGAAGGGGUUUGGAUGGGGAGGCCCUCGUUUCACUCUACGAGAAUGACCUUCAGGUUUCUUCCAAGGUCAAGGUCCUCAUGCCCAAGUUCCGAUUGGACACCACCUUCCCCGUCAAGGACGUCCUCAGAAAG